AUCUGAAAAGGAAUUUGGAUAACUAGAACACUGACCCUCAAUGCAAACCCAUCCCGUAUGCUGGAGUGCUGUCUCUUUAAUUACUUUUCAUGCGGUUUGCGUUGGUGUACGAACAUGUGUACACUGAUGUGAGGUUAGUUUUGGAACCAUUUUCUAAGCUGUCUUUGCUUUAUAGUGUGUAAACUGUGGCAUGUGCCUGGGAUUAGGACAUUUCAUUGAGGAUUUUAGCAGCACCCCGAUGGUUAUAUGCUUGGAAAGAGAACUUCAUGGCCUGAACUUCGAGCAACACUUUGUUCGCUGGGACGUUUUCAGUUUGCAGCUGAAAGAUGUUCCAGUUCAUCCGGAAACAAAUUCACAAUCACCUUGUGGAGCGGAAAAUUAGGAAAACACGACUUGUUACAAAGGAUGGCCACUGCAACAUUAAAUUUGGGACUAAUGAGUAUCACAACCAUUUUGCUUUCCUCGUGGACUUCUGGACUACGUUUGUUGAGAUUCGUUGGUGCUUUGUCAUUUUUUUAUUUGCCGCUGCCUUCACAGGAAGCUGGUUCAUUUUCGGCUUGCUUUGGUAUUCGCUUGCCAAAAGUAACGGAGACUUAGAUGUUCUCCAGAACUCGUCCGAAUCGCAGAGGAUGAAAUGUAUAGAUAACAUUAAUAGUCUCACGACCGCCUUCUUGUACUCUUUAGAAACCCAGACGACUAUUGGCUAUGGCGGUCGGGCUCUCACGGGUCACUGCCCGGGCACAGUCGCCCUGUUGAUCAUCCAGUCCCUCAUGGGCGCCAUCAUAAACUGCUUUAUGUGUGGACUCAUUUUGGCAAAGAUCUCUCUCCCGAAGAGAAGAGCAAAGACGGUAACCUUCAGCGAAACAGCGGUCAUUUGUCUUUGGAAGGGGAAUCUGUGCCUCCAGAUACGUGUGGCCAACCUGCGAAAAACACUUCUUAUUGGCAGCCACAUUUACGGGAAGCUUCUCCGAACCACCAUCACUCCAGAGGGAGAAACCAUCAUACUGGAUCAGGUGAAUAUUGACUUUCUGGUGGAUGCUGGGAAGGACAACCUGUUCUUCGUUUGUCCGCUCACCCUGUACCACGCGAUUGACAAAUCCAGCCCGUUUUCCGAAAUGGCUGCGGACACUCUUCAGCAGCAGGACUUUGAGUUGGUAGUCUUCCUCGACGGUACGGCUGAAUCAACCAGCUUGUCCUGCCAAGUCCGAACUUCCUACCUGCCUCGGGAGAUCAAAUGGGGUUACAACUUCCUGCCCGUCAUAUCUCGCACCAAGGGUGGAAAAUACCGCGUCGACCUAUCCAACUUUUCCAAAACAGAGCCAGCGGUGACCCCGCACUGCGCUUGCUGUUUCCGCAAUGAAGAAAACAAGGAACUCAUUCUCCACCGACACACACGUGAAGGCAUCGAUAAUCUGGGAUUUGAUGUUAUUGACCUUCAAGACUCUGUUGAUGUAACCGAGAAGAGCGAUUAAGAGUUUGCUGCAUCAGCGACCGAUUAAAUACGCAUUAAACAUCCUGUGAUAUGGUGGCACUUUGUACUGUAAAAGUUAGAUGCCACAUAAAAGAGGAGAGAGGAAGAGGAGGACUCGCUGUGUUAAGUACCCUGACAGACGCAUUGGCUGUGUUCCAGAACCUAGUGAGCUGCCUGUGUAGGCAGACUUUAAAGGAAUCAGGCGUUUCUUACACAAAGCCUAUUCCAUAAGGUAGCGAUUGUAAAAACAAGAUGCCUUGUUUUGAUCAAACUGUAAUACCUGUCGAAAAGAAGACAACCAAGACGGUGGAUUUUAUCAGGAUUCUUUGAAUAGAAAGGUCAGAAAGGCAAUAGAAAUCUCGUGUAACAUUAAAGAAGUAUCUAUCGGCAUUCUUUUAAAAAACAAAGCAAAACUGACCAGUCACAUUUGUAUGUGUGUUUGUUUGUUUGUGUGCGUACAUACAUAUAUAUGUAUCAUGUCAGUGGCAAACUACGCAGUACCAUUUUCAUGAUGCAGACUUAGUGUCUAUAAAUACAGUUGCAUUACCUGUGGGUAAAAACAAGCCCCGGUUACCAUAGUGACCCAUUCGCUUCUAAGGGGAAAAUGAAGACAAAUGCUGAAGACAUGCACAUUUUCAGAUGUUUGAUUGCAUGUGCAGCUCACAUCCUGUCGAUGAAUUGCUUUUAAUCAGUUGCCUUUUACGCCAUUUUAGUUAUCUUGGAAAAAAUAAGCAUGUUUUUUCUAAAUCGCAUAUUGAUAGAGAAAUCCAUUGGAUGUUUUUCCUUUGUUCCACACUUUCAGUGUAUAACUCUAAACCCCCCCAGAGAGCGUUUCAAAACAUUACUUAAGAGGUUUCUUUUGUUAAAAUCCAACCUUAAAAUGCAGAUGUUUUUUAAGACAUCAAGACAGCUCACUAGGUUUUGGAAUAGGGCCAAUAUUUGCAUAUACGUAUAAAAUAUUACUACAUUUUCAUUCUGUUACAUAAAGAUCUAACUUCAAACAGAAUCAAUUGAGAACAGUUUGGGGAGCUCUAUUAGAAAAACUUCUUUAAAUGCUCUUUGAUUGCAGACAUUGACAAGAGUCGCCUGCUGAGUGUUCAUUGGAGGAUUAGAGCACCAGCCAGAUUAGAUUAAGGAGAAGCACAACGAGGAGGAAGUGGAACCCAGUUCCCCUACUCCAACAUAUGUUACUAAAUAAUUAAUAUGAUAACGUUAUUAAUGUAUUGAAGCAUUAAAAUAAUUCAGGACCAGAGAGAGUUCUUCAUGUUGUGAACACAAGUAAUUUCACGUAACUUUUAAGAAUAGAUGUGAUUUUUUCUAAUUGCCUUGUAAACAUUUUUGCUGUGCAGAUUAAAAAGGACUGACCUAUAAAAGACUCGUUCACUCUGAACCGAGUGACUUUUAGAAGGUCAUAACAUUUUAGAGAGGCUGUAAAGGUUCGAUUCCGCAUAAAUGCCACACGUUUUUUAUCUUUAUUCACUAACCGAUCUCAAUAUUAUUAAUACAGUAAAGCUUCUUUUAAUUAAACAUUAAAGUGUUUUAUUGCCAUAAUGUCCAUUAAAUUUUUCAGGAGGGUUAUAUAUUUUGUCUUCCAGUGUAUCUGACCUCUCCAGAUGACCUACUGUAGUAC